AUGCUUAGGGAAGAUGAUUUCGAUGAAUCGGACGUUGAGAGCUGCUUCGAUAUAGAGGAUGAGCACGAUGUUAAUACCGAGCCGACGGAUGUUGAUACCGAUGCCGAAGAUACAGUCUUAAUAGAUAUUGGUACCGGUGUUGGCGAUGCAGAUCUGACGGAUAUCAAUACUGAUUAUGAAGGAUGCGAUAGGGCAGUUCUAGAAGAUCUAUCAUGGAUCGCUAACGAGGAUAACGCCCACCCGCUAGAGUAUUACCUCGAUCAAGAGUGUAUACGAUACCGACUUGAAUAUUCUGGCCCUACAGUGUGUUUCCAUGCUGCGAUCGCUAACGGAAACAACAUACUUCUUUUGAUUCCAGAGAAGGAAAUCGACAUCAAUGAAGAACUAGAGGCCUCUGUCUCUCAACUGUUAUCUGAAUUAGACUCGCAAAUGGAGGCUCACAUCGGAUAA